CACGCCAGCUGGCACGUGGGCCGGGAGGCGUGGGCGCGCGCGCGGACCGGGCGGCAUCCGCGGGGCUGCGCCGCCCGGCUCGGAGCAGUUUCCCUUUUAAAUGUCAGCGUUCGGGGCUGGAGGGGCAGCACGCGGCGGCGGAACGGAACGGUCGGAUUGGCCGCGCGCCGUAGUUCUAGACGCACCUCUCCACCGAAGGGCCCUUCUGACUGGCAGGGGGAGAAAGUAAACAGAGUUGAAUCACCCUCCCCACUGGCCAAUUGGAGGGGGCCUGGAUUGUGACGUGAUGGGAUUCUGCGAAAUUGUUACUGAGCUGGAGAAUGCCGGAGCGGCGCGGCGCGGCAGGACCAGGGGCUCGGCGGCCGUCGGCGGACGCGGGAAGAAGUGUCUUCUAGGAGGCGCGGCGCCCGGCUCGGUCCCCGCCCCCCGCGUCCGCGUCCUCGGCUGAUGCCCCGGGGCGUGAGCUCGGCGGAGAGGCGGCCGAGGGCGUGCGCCUGGCUCGCAGUUGCCUUUCCCCGCGACUCGGACGCGUUUGCAGUCGAAUAAACUUGCGACCGCCACGUGUGGCAUCUCUCCAAGGAGGCGGCUCAGGAGGAGGGCGCGCCCGUCGGGGAAUCGCGCGGGGCGCCGGGCAGGGCGGCGGCGACAGCGGCGGAGCCGGCCGCGGCUGCUGCGUGCGGAGGCGCAGCCGGUUACGUAAAGAUGAGGGGCUGAGGUCGCCUCGGCGCUCCCGCGAGUCGCGAGCUCCCGCGCCCCCGCCCCCUCGGCCUCGCCGCACCGCUCGUCGUCCGAGGCCAGGGCAGGGCGAGCCGAAGCUCCGCAGCCACCGUCAAGUUUGGCCGCACCGCCCGGGGUGCCGUCGCCCGCACCAUGUCCGCGGCCGCCUACAUGGACUUCGUGGCUGCCCAGUGUCUGGUUUCCAUCUCCAACCGCACCGCCGUGCCGGAGCAUGGGGGCGCUCCGGACGCCGAGCGGCUGCGACUACCUGAGCGCGAGGUGACCAAGGAGCACGGUGACCCGGGGGACACCUGGAAGGAUUAUUGCACACUGGUCACCAUCGCCAAGAGCUUGUUGGACCUGAACAAGUACAGACCCAUCCAGACCCCCUCGGUGUGCAGCGACAGUCUGGAGAGUCCCGAUGAGGAUAUAGGAUCCGACAGCGACGUGACCACCGAAUCUGGGUCGAGUCCUUCCCACAGCCCGGAGGAGAGACAGGAUUCUGGCAACACGCCCAGCCCGCUCUCCCUCCUCCACUCUGGAGUGGCUGCGAAGGGGAAACACGCCUCCGAAAAGAGGCACAAGUGCCCCUACAGUGGCUGUGGGAAAGUCUAUGGAAAAUCCUCCCAUCUUAAAGCCCAUUACAGAGUGCAUACAGGUGAACGGCCCUUCCCCUGCACGUGGCCGGACUGCCUUAAAAAGUUCUCACGUUCGGAUGAGCUGACCCGUCACUACCGGACCCACACUGGCGAAAAGCAGUUCCGCUGUCCGCUGUGCGAGAAGAGAUUCAUGAGGAGUGACCACCUCACCAAGCAUGCCCGGCGUCACACCGAGUUCCACCCCAGCAUGAUCAAGCGAUCAAAAAAGGCUCUUGCCAGCCCCUUGUGAGGUGCUCCUCAUGGCAGCCAGGCAGAGAUGGUCCCCGGAAGGACAGAGCUCCCAGGAAACAGACGGACACAUGGAAACCCGCCCCGGCAGAGGCGCGCUGGCCACGGGAGGUCACUGCUCUUUGGUUAAUAUUCUGAUACUCUCCCUGUACUGUUUCCAAAAAGCACAUGGUAGCCUAAGAUCAAAGUCAACGUUUGGUCCCUUUGCA